AUGGUAUCAGAUUUUAGAAAAAAGAAGAUACUUCAUGUCUUCAAUACCUUGUUUGACAGCAACAAGAGUGGGAGCAUUGACAAUAAUGACUUAGAAGGAAUUGCAAGCAAAAUUGCCAAAGUCAGAGGUUAUCAACCAGGUGAUGCUAAAUUCAAGGAGAUACUGGAAUCUCUUCAGACUAUUUGGAAUUUGUUGCAACAGCGUGGUGAUGCUGAUAAUGAUGGACAAGUAUCUGCUAAAGAAUGGAUUGACAUUUGCGAUGAGUAUGCAAAGAAUCCUAAUGCCCCACAACAAUGGCAAAAUGCUUGUAUGAAAUUCAUUUUUGAUAUUGAGGACUCUAGUAAAGAUGGAUCAAUCGAUGCGGGUGAAUUUUCAACCAUCUAUGCAUCUUUUGGUCUGAAUAAACAAGAAGCAGUUCAAGCUUUUAACAAACUAUCCAAGGGCAAGUCUAGUGUAACUUGGAGUGAAUUCCAGGAACUAUGGAAGGAAUAUUUCACAUCUGAGGAUCCUAAUGCUGCUGGGAACUUUAUUUUUGGUAAAAUUAGCUUCUAAUCCCGUUCUUUACGUAUAUAUGAUUGUUUAAUUAUUUCUGCACAUAAGGAACUAUGAGAUAUUUAAUUACUUUGAAUAGUU